UAUCUAAACCUAAUGCGAAGGGUGAGAGAAUUCUUGCUAGUGCCCUACGUUGCCUUGCACUUGUCAUUAUUUCAUCAUUUAAUUUGGCCGAGAUUGAGCUUUCAGAAAGAUGGGAGGAACUAUGGAUCCCAGUGUCUUGAGAGAACUCCAUGACGACCUCGUCCGGAAAUACAAUAGGCACGCGGCUGCUAUUGAGUGUGUCUGGCGGUCACUCGAUCAGAAAGGACGGGCGACUUGUCUUAAGGCUGGUGCAAUCAAUGGUGUUGUUCUGAAACACCCUUUGGACCGGUCGUUGGGGGAUGCCAUAAUCAUACCAGAGUGGAAUCUACGCGAUAUCACGGAACCAGGAUCGGAUUUCCUGCUGGGCCUCCUCAAACACCGUGCUACGAAGUCCCUUUUCGAACAGUAUUGCACUGGUGCCAAUGGUGAACCUGGAGAUCAUGCCUUCAUCCAAAAGAUGAACGCCAAAGGUUAUCAGCACAGUCAACCUUUCCAUAACUGCUAUACAUUGUUCAUGGAUGGUAAUCAAUACGGGGCAUCGUAUGAAGUCUUAUCCGACCAUUCUGACGUUCUGGCUGCUUUUGAACCCGCCAUUCGAGCCGGACUCUGCGUUCCUCAAUCAACCGGCGAGUUGAUACUGCUAAGGCAGUUUUCUCUGCUACAGGGCCUCAACAUCAUUGUCGAUGAUAUCCUGGACACGCGUUCAGAAGGCAGAGAUCGGGGGAGCCGACCAAGAAAGUCAGACAAAGCAGCCACAGCGGCUCUUACUGCGUUAUCUGAUCAAACCCCCACAGCGAGGCCUACUCUCCCGGACCUGAUUGCCAGCGCCCGAGAUCAACAGGAAUCUCUGGAGGAGUAUCUAGAGCUCCUCUCCACAGAGCCGGCCGUUCUUGCUCACGCUGUCAACGCUUGGUUCUUCAGCCGGCCAGAACUUGUUGCCGACGAGAAAGGGCGCAGAUUGCCGGUUCACACUGAUAAGUACAUCAGUCCUGCCUUUUUUGAUGCAAUCCAUAGCGCAGUUAAAGGCGCUGCGGUCUGGGGGUACAUUUGUCGUCUCCUUGAGCUCCUCAGAACCACGACCACGGAUAAAGUCUACCGGGCCAUUCUUCUUCAAGAGAUAUCCAAUAUUCUAUAUCUUGAGUAUGAGCGCUCCAGAGCCCUCUUCAAGCGCCAUGUCCGGGCAAGAGCAGGAUCAAAGUGGUUCAAAAGGGUAUCUAAUGCGUACGACCGUGCUGGCAACGCACGCGUUAUCUUGAAGUGUAAUCCCGAACAACUGACCAGAUCGGAUCCUCAGCUUCACUAUAUGCUGCGUCUCUGCCAGUCAGAGACAAAUGCUGCUAAUGCCGUCGACUGGAUCAAGAAGUUGAGUGGCCUUCACGAAGCACAUCCUACGGAGCGGGAGAGAUUGGCAGAUCUCGAAGCCGAGUCCCUGUGUGAUCUGGCUGUCAUCAUCGGGUCCAUUCAGGACCUCUCAUCAGUGCUUCCAAUACCCUCGGCUUCCCGUAAGACGGGACAGCUGUUUAUCUCCAAAUAUCAGGAGUUAGAUACCGAGUUAAAUCGGCUAGGAAAGAACAUUAACCUGCACGACUAUGUGGCACCUAUCAACAAUCUUCUAGAGCCGGGAAUGGCUGAAAGCGCGUUGAAUACUCUCGAUCACUUCGUCGUCGAAGGAACCGGUACAAGAAUGGGAUCCCUAUACCGAGAUUUGAUCGAGGAUUCUAUUUCCGGUCUCACAAUCCAGUAUCAACAAGCAAAGGCGAAGCUGGAGCAAACUCAAGCUGAAUCGGUGCAACCUGCCAUCUCUGUCCCAGAGCCACUGGAUACUCGAGUAGAAAGGCGGAGGGAAAAGGAGAAGACCCGUCCUCCGCGUUCGUCCGCUUUUGAAACUACACUACGAGUGGAGCCGCCUGUGGUGGAGGAACAGACUUCACCAUCACAGACUUUCAGAGUGGAUCCAUCAACGGCCAGUGUCUUCUCCACGCUGUUUGAAAAGUCGAACUCACGCGGCUCAGUAAGCUGGGCUGCGUUUGAAUUGGCACUGGUGAAAUUAGGGUUCUCCAUCCUACCGAAAUUUGGCUCAGUUUACACAUUUCUCCCACCUGAUACAAUGGCAGUGAGAAAGUCACUUACGGUACACCGGCCACACAAGUCCCGAAUUGAAGGGUACCUGAUCCCCAUAUUCGCACGGCGUCUGAAAAGGGUAUAUGGAUGGAAUAAGGAGACAUUUGAGGUUUCAUAACUUACGGAUUCGGACUUUCGCUUCUAAGUUCUAUCUUCGUUUGAGCUCUUCGUCUCGUUUGCGAUCCUCGCUAUUCCUUAUUGUGACGGCCUUAGACCUAGAUAUCUUUACACCUAGGUGUUAGGAUAUAUAGCAUCUCGCCGGCGAAUAGUAAAGGCAUUAAUAGUAAUGUGUUUCGCCAUUAAGCAGAUUAAACCCAUAAGCGAAUUACCCUCACUACGUUUCUCGCGCUUCGAAAAUCAAGAUUAUCCCACUACUAAGUAUCUAUGCCUCCAAAACAGCAGAAAUUAUCAACAGAAUUAAUGGGGUUACUUAUGAG